AAAAGUUUUGUUUUCAUAUGAAACUUCUUAACACAACCCACAAAGCCACCUUCUCCUGUAGAACAUCCAUGGAGAACAAGAAGGAGGACAAAACUGCUACAAAUGAUGAGCCUGCAGAAGAAGUCAUCAAUUACUCAGGAAUUAAAGCCAUGCCUUAUAUCAUUGGGAAUGAGACGUUUGAGAAGCUUGGCACCGUGGGCUCUUACACCAACCUGGUGGUGUAUCUGACCACAGUUUUCAACAUGAAGAGCGUCACAGCCACCACCUUUCUCAACCUCUUCAAUGGAACUGCUAGUAUAGCUACUUUGGCUGGAGCUUUCCUCUCUGAUACCUAUUUUGGACGUUACAAGUCUUUGGCUUUUGCUUCUGUAGCCUCUUUCUUGGGGAUGUUGGUGUUAAUGUUAACAGCAGCAAUUUCCAAUCUGCAUCCGCCAAAUUGUGCACCAGGAGAGAGUAGCAAGUGUGUGGGGCCAACAGCUUGGCAAUUUGCUUUCCUGCUAAGUGCUUUUGGAUUCUUAGUCAUUGGAGCUGGUGGCAUCAGACCCUGCAACCUAGCCUUUGGUGCUGACCAAUUCAAUCCCAACACUGAAUCUGGCAAGAAGGGCAUCAGUAGUUUCUUCAAUUGGUACUACCUCACCUACACGUUUGCAGUGAUGGUAUCUGUGACUGUUAUUGUCUUUGUGCAAUCAGAUGUUAGUUGGGCUAUUGGGUUGGCCAUUCCUGCAUUUCUAAUGUUCCUUUCUUGUGUUCUCUUCUUUUUGGGAACAAAAAUUUAUGUUAUAGUGAAACCUCAGGGUAGUCCUUUAACCAGUGUAGCUCAAGUACUUGUGGCUUCUGUAAAGAAGAGAGGGCUGAAGCUUCCUGAAAAUCCAGCUUUUGCUCUUUUCAACUAUUUUCCUCCUAAAUUUACCAACUCCAAGCUUCCUCAUACCAGUCAAUUUAGGUUCCUUGACAAGGCAGCAAUCAUUACCAGCGAAAACGAAAUAAACUCGGAUGGAUCAGCUACCGAUCCGUGGAGGCUCUGUAGCAUCCAACAAGUUGAAGAAGUCAAAUGUUGGGUGAGGGUAGUUCCCAUAUGGGCUUCAGCCAUAACAUUUAAUAUUCCUAUGAUCCAACAACAAACUUAUGUAGUUCUCCAAGCCCUUCAGCUGGACAGAAGUCUAGGUACUGGUGGUUUUAAGGUGCCUGCAGCUACAUAUAUAAUAUUUACUAUGCUAACCCUCACCAUUUGGAUUCCCAUCUAUGACCGAAUUCUGGUUCCAUAUCUUCGAAAUCUCACUGGUAAAGAAGGAGGAUUCACAUUACUCCAAAGAAUGGGGAUUGGAAUUGUUCUUUCAAUUCUUUGUAUGCUGGUUUCUGGAUUGGUUGAAGAACACAGAAAGAAACUUGCAUUUACUAGACCAGCCGUUGGAAUUGCACCAAAAGGAGGCUCUAUAUCAUCAAUGUCUAGUUUGUGGCUAGUGCCUCAGCUUGCACUUGCAGGACUAGCUGAGGGUUUCUGUUAUGUUGCCCAGACUGAGUUUUACUACAAGCAAUUCCCAGAAAAUAUGAGGAGUAUUGCUCAGUCAUUCUUCUUUGCCAACUUUGCAGUCUCAAGUUAUCUAAGUGGUUUCCUUGUGUCUAUAGUCCACCAUAUUACUUCCGGUACAAAAACUGGAGAUUGGUUGGCUGAGGAUCUUAACAAGGGGAAAUUGGAUUACUUUUAUUACAUGAUUUGUGGAAUGGGGAUUCUUAACUUCGUGUAUUUUCUAGUCUGUGCUAAGUGGUAUAAAUACAGAGGUGCUGAGGAUGACACAGAAGAAAAGGAACCCCUGAAGCAUAGAGCGUGAAUCGGAAAGCCUGAAAGGAUUUGCAGUCACUUGUAAUCAUUUGUAGGAUAAACAAGUCCAAGGUUGGCUGGAAAGAAAACUAGCUACUCUAUUUAAGAAUUGGAAUAAAUAUAUUCUUAAAAGUCA